AACGUUAUCUUGUUCGCUCUUCUCUUUUGUAAAUCUACUCCAUACGACACAUAAUCCUGAAGAGUCCGAUAACGAUUGACACAUGAGGCAGACAUCUCCAUAAUUCAUUUAAUUUCCCCAAAAAAGUAUAGAAGAAUAAGAUAAAGUAACUUGUAGGGACCCACCACUUGGACACAUCAUAAGGGGGAAUAAACAUGCAUAAGAAGUUUCCUGAAGCUGCUUCUUCGAUCUUCUGUCUUCUUCUUUUUAACACAACAUCAUUCCUAAUCAAAUAAUACUAUCCUAUCUCCUCCUUUCUUCUUUCGCACCUCUCAGGAGACGCUCUUCAUCUUUCUUCUCUAACUACAUGGUGAGCGAUAACGGUGACACGAUGAUGGUAAUAACAAAUGACUCUCAAAGAUCCGUUCCGACGCCGUUUCUCAUAAAGACUUUUAACCUCGUCGAAGACCCUUCCAUCAACGACGUUAUCUCCUGGAACGAAGAUGGUUCCUCCUUCGUCGUAUGGAACCCGACUGAUUUCGCUAGAGACUUGCUUCCUAAACACUUCAAACAUAACAACUUCUCUAGCUUUGUCCGUCAGCUCAACACCUACGGAUUCAAGAAAGUAGUUCCUGAUCGGUGGGAGUUUUCGAAUGAUUUCUUCAGGAGAGGAGAGAAACGUCUCCUCAAAGAGAUUCAACGCCGGAAGUUAACCUCUCACGCUCCGCCGCCUGACGUGGCAACGGCUCAGAGAGUCCAAACGACGAAAACUGUCGUCUCUCCGUCGAGUUCAGGAGAAUAUCAAGCGGUGUCUCCGUCGUCGACGAUAGGAAACAAUGGUUUGUCCGUUGAGCUGUUAGAAGAGAACGAGAAGCUUCGGAGUCAGAACAUACAGCUCAACCGUGAGCUAACUCAGAUGAAAUCUCUCUGCGACAACAUCUUCAGCCUCAUGUCUAACUACUCCGGAUCUCCGGGAGGAGCUAGUAGCAGUCACGAGACUAUGAAAGUGCCGGUGGAGUUUUUUCCGGCGAAGCGGGUUGUUGUUGAGGAAGAAGCGAGUCAUAGGCUUUUCGGUGUUUCGAUAGGGCUGAAACGGACGAGAAGCGAAGGUGUUCAGGUGAAGGCGGUGGGGGAGAAGGAGGAGACGCCGUGGCUGAGACAAUAUAAUAGAACCAAUCAGAGAGUCUGUAAUUGAGUGGGGUGCGAAGUAGAGGAUUAAAGCUUUUUUUAAGACAGUCAGCACGUGUUCUCGUCUGUGUUUCAAGAAGUUUCUUCAAUCUUGACUACUUCUCUCUCUAACAUGUUGUUGUCAUUAUUAAUAAGAUAAACGCUCUUUUUUCAGUUUUUUCGUCUAUAGAUUUUUCUCGACUUUCCUUUUUUGACUUUUUUUUUCAUUUCUUUUUUUUCUCUUUUGGGGUUUUUUGAAAUUAUUAAUAAUUCUUUUAGCUAGAAGAGACGUAGAGAUUAGAUCAAUUAUAGCAUUAAUGAUGGAACGGGAAAUUGUAAUGAAGCUUCCGGAAUCUCUUGUUUGGUGGGCACGGACAAUACAACGUGGACAACGUUU